AUGGCGCCUACCGCGCCCGAUUUCCAAAAGUUCAUCACCGACGCCCGCGAGCGCAAGAAGAACGAGGCGCUCGCCGACAGAAUAUUCUCCCGGGAUCGCCGGCAGAGCGCGCCCUCGAAGCUCAAGGCAGGCGCUACCUCCGGCGGCUCCCUCGCCAGCCGUGUCGGCGUCGUCAAGAAGCGCGCCGCAGAUGCCACCUCGCGCAGGUCGAGCAUGCCCUCGGCGGGCGACGUGAACGGCGAAUGGACGCACGAUCUCCACGACUCGGUCAACGCCCGACCCUCGUCGCUGGCAUCCCGCAUCACGAGGCCCGGCGCGGCCCCCAGCAAAAAGACGGCUCCCGCUCAGCAGCGAAAGUCGAAGCUCUCCUCAGCUCUGGACCGAGCCGACAUCAACCAACUCAACGUCGUAAACAACGGGAGCGUCGCCACAGCGUCGACGUCGCGGAGCAGGGCGGGCGGCAUGGGCAUCUCGAUUCGCGGGCUGGCGGGCCCCUUCGCCGUCAUGGGACAGAACUUUGCCCCCGGCACGUCGGCAGCGGACAUCGAGAGCGCCAUGACUCCCAUCGGCGGCGACAUGGUGAGCUGCAGCAUCGUGAAGACGCAGCCCUUUGUCCUGGCCGAGAUGGUCUUUUCCUCGCGCGAGGGUGGCGAGCGCGUCAUUGACACAUUCAACGACAAGACGGCCGACGGCCGGAUCCUCAAGAUCUACGCAAAACCAGGUGGCUAUUCGUCUCCCAGCAAUACAGCCUCGCCACCCGCGAACGCCCCCAACGGCCCUCGCGCCACGAGAGCCGCGUCGUCGCGGGACCACGUCGUUGACGGACGCAUGGGCUUCGAGAAUGAUCUCAUGGACACGGAUAAGGGGUCGUUGUCCUCCAGAGCAUCCACGCGGCAACCGCUGUACAGCGACAAGCUGAUCGCUGGGAACCGCCGGGGUCGAGGACGCGGCGGCAGAUGA